GCGUCUCGACGGAAGUGGUGGAGCGCCGGCCUCCGUCUCUGGGGCUGAUCCCGAGUCGUGGUCGUGAGAGGGUCGCCGCUGCCGCGGUUAUCCGGGGGAGACGAUGUCCGGGAGCUUCUACUUUGUGAUCGUUGGCCACCACGAUAACCCUAUUUUUGAGAUGGAGUUUUUGCCCGCGGGGAAAGCAGAAUCCAAAGACGAUCACCGCCACCUGGACCAGUUCAUAGCCCACGCCGCGCUCGACCUGGUAGACGAGAGCAUGUGGCUGUCCAACAGCAUGUACCUGAAAACCGUGGACAAGUUCAACGAGUGGUUCGUUUCUGCCUUUGUGACCGCGGGCCACAUGCGCUUUCUUAUGCUUCAUGACGUGAAGCAGGAAGAUGGGAUAAAGAACUUCUUCACGGACGUCUAUGACUUGUACAUAAAGUUCGCCGUGAACCCCUUCUAUGAACCCAAUUCUCCUAUUCGAUCAAGUGCAUUUGACCGAAAAGUCCAAUUUCUUGGGAAGAAACACCUUUUAAGCUGAAAACAAAACAAAAAAAAAAUUUAAAAAUCUGGAAAUAAACAAUGUCGCUACAAUGGCUUAUACUCAGGAAUGUGUACAUUGUAAGUAACUUGAUUAAAUAAUCUGGAAAACUC